AAUGACUGCUUGCCAUGCUGUGGCCCAGAGUGACUUCUUUGCGUGCCAUGACUGUGGAGCUGCAAGAAUGUCCCAAUGUAAUCUCAGUUUGAAAAAGCAGAGAAGCAGAAGCAUCUUUAGCACUUUAUUCUGCUGCUUUCGUGACUACAAUGUUGAGUCUCCAUCACCUAAUGGCACCAAUGUCCUUCCUCCCUUGGUGGAAGAAAAUGGCGGGCUUCAAAAGGGUGACCAGAUGCAGGUCAUUCCCAUUCCAAGUCCAUCAGCUAAAUACCUCUUGCCAGAAAUGACAAUAUCUGAUUAUGGGAAGAAAUGUGUGGUCAUUGAUCUUGAUGAAACAUUAGUGCAUAGUUCCUUUAAGCCAAUUAGCAAUGCUGAUUUCAUCGUUCCCGUUGAAAUUGAUGGAACUAUACAUCAGGUUUAUGUGUUAAAACGGCCACACGUGGACAAAUUUCUCCAGAGAAUGGGAGACCUUUUUGAAUGUGUUCUAUUCACAGCCAGCCUAGCAAAAUAUGCAGACCCAGUGGCAGAUUUGUUGGACCGUUGGGGUGUGUUUACGGCUCGACUCUUCCGGGAAUCCUGUGUUUUCCACAGAGGAAAUUACGUGAAAGAUCUUAGCCGGCUUGGACGAGAAUUGAGCAAAGUCGUCAUCGUAGAUAAUUCCCCUGCGUCUUACAUCUUCCAUCCUGAAAAUGCUGUGCCUGUUCAAUCCUGGUUUGACGACAUGACAGACACAGAACUGUUAGACCUUAUUCCUUUCUUCGAAGGAUUAAGCAGAGAGGACGAAGUCUAUACGAUGAUCCAUAAGCUGUGUAACAGGUAGUCAGUCCCCUGAACACCUGUCCUGUUGCAUUACCUGAAGCAUCUCUCGGAGACUGCUCUGGAUAAACCUUCAAUGUUUCUCAUCCUUCCUCUGCCAUGAAAGACAAUUGUGACCCAAUGCUUCUAAAUCAUGAGAUUGACUUAACGCCACAAGGUGACCGGAUUGCUUCUUAAAACAAAAAUCAAGAAAAGAGAAGAUAAUGAAAAAGAAGCUAUUUUGAACGGGACGCUUAACGCAUUUCAUAAACAGGCGCAUUUUACAAAUUCUGCUUUUUUUUUUUUCCUCCUUAAAACAUGCCAAAAAAUAAUAAUAAUAAUGAACGCUUGGUGUUAACUUCAACCAGUCAAGUCAUCCCCACCCACCCACCCGCCCCCCGCCCCCUUCCCAGCUCAUCCUGCUAUGCAGAGUGUUUUUCUCACCCCGCCCUGCUUCAUUAGAGCAGUUGACCUGACUCUGAACUUGAUUUCUUCCAGGAUGAAGUGCCUUUUUGAAUGUUGUUUUAAGAUUUACAAAAAGAAAAAAAGAAAAAAAAAUCACUUUUGUACAAGAGGUAUUUCCAGAAUCUUUUAGUCUUGUAUUGUUUAAAUGCUUGAAAGAAGAAAAAAAAGACAAAGAAGACCUGGGAGACAUUUUUUUAUAGAGCCACUUAAAAACUACGGAAUCCAAGGAGAAAUUUGGGAAAAGGUUGUUAUUGUCCUUAAAAUAUCAAUGGCUAUAUUUUGUACCCCAUUUGAAGCCGCAUACCAGUAGGUAGAAGUAAACUACGGGGUAACAUCUAAGCUGGAGAGGCAGCUCCCUUAAUAAUUUGGAUGUUUUGCACUUAGAUUAGGACAUAUCUGCCUUCUUCUCUCCCCAAAUGGAAUACAGCAAAAUGGAAUGGGAGGUACGCUCCCUUGCAAGUAAGUCCACAUUCCCUUCGAGAAGAGUCUGAUUGUGUUUGCUAACGCACAACUGCCAGGUGUUUCUGAUGUCAGGGAUAAAAUAGAGAGAAAGCAUAGAAGACAAUGAGUGUAUUUAUUCAGCAUGAAAUAUUUAUAGUAAGCUAUUGCAAACGAUGUGCUAAAGUUCGAAGGAAAGGGAAGUUUCUUUCCACAACCUACUUUCCUUUCUAUGGCCCUGGUGGGAGACAUUUCACUUUAUAUUAUUGUUUUGUUAAAUCGUGCCGUUUCUCCCCAUCCCCUCUUAAUUGCUGCUAAUGAAGGCUCACCAAAUGGAACUGGACCUUGGCUUUUAUACUGUUCUUUGCCGCUGUGCCUGUGCUACUGGAACUUCAAAAGCCCUUUACAUAUUUAGUUUUUGGCCAACGUAAUCACGUGUCAAUCUGGUUGGGUUUUUUUUUUUUUUUAAAUUCGGGGUUGUCAUCAGUGUUUCCACAGUGGAAUUUUUCUUCCCUUCAUGCUUCUUCCAUUUUUGUUAAAAAGAAAAAUAGGGAUGUUAGUUCUGUGCUUUAAUUCUAUGAUAUAACAUUUAAUUCUUCUUUUUCUUUGCAACUUUCUAACCCGAUCUAGGGUCGUGCAUGGAGAUGCUUAGAACUAACAUAUUUUAGGGAAAACCGGGUCGUCAGAGUGAAAAGCUUUUAGUAUUUUAAUUUGGUGUGUAUUUGUUCCUCAGUAUAGAACAAAGCUUGAUUUUUUUCUGAAAACCUGAACCCUAUUAAGUACAUUGGUCUGAGAAAGCACAAUUACUGGGUAUAUUUUUGUUUUGGUCAAGAUUGUCAAAUAAUUCUCUAUUGUUUAGAUGUAUGCAUUUUUUCAUCCUUGGAGGGAAACAUUGUGAUAAAUAUCAAGAAUGUUGGUUUUUCCCUAUAUUUGUCUUUCUCUAUAUUUUUUAAUCUUUUGAAUCUAAAAGAGGGUGCACUUCAGUUGUAUGUUUCCAUCCUCCUUGUAAAUUCAUUUUUAUUCUUUUUUACACUAACCGAACCCCUUUGAAAUGCUCAAAUACCAUAGUGGACAAGAACUGUCUUUAAAACAUUUGGUGUUUAUCCCAGUAAAAAUAACCUCUCAGAUGCUGAAAUUACAGGUUCUUGCUCCUUGCCUUUGCAGUUUUAGUUGAAUUCGUUAAAAAGAUUAUUUUUUAAAUCAGUUAAGAAGCAGAUGGGCCAUCUAUUCAAAGUGAACAUUCAGGCAAACAUCCAUAGACAGAAAACAGGUGAUCAGAGGCAUAGUUAAAAAAAAAAAAAAAGCCGAAAACCAGACUCUUGAUUCCACCCAAGGGACUUUUAAUCAAUGUUUGGAGAGCUCUACCAGUAUUGUAUUAGCAGGACAGUCCUCCUAUAUGAACCCCGAGGGACCAACUCUGCCGAUAUCUUCAUUUGACCUAUUGAAGGUUCUUCUUUUAAUUGUACAUCUUCUCUGUCAAGAAUCUGAUAUAUAUCUGAUCAGAAUAAUAACAUCUGGAGUGUUGGUGGGUUUUUGUUUUUUGUUUUGCUUUUUUCUUUCUUUCUUUUGUUGGUUUGAAGUUUUAUUUGAGUGCUGGUUAAGUCCAUGAAGCUUAAUUUUAGUGAGAUCUUUAAUUUGGGUAUUUGACUUCAAAAUAGUGAAGCAUUUAUACUGCCAAAGUAUGUUCUCUAAGCAGUAUUAUUUUUCAACUGUAUCUCUGACUUUCUGAGCCUCAGAUACAGUCUGCAGGGAAAAAGAAUUCAGGUUGUAACGGGCAAAUACGAUGGCAAUGGUUGGUAUUAAGUUGAAGAAAAAUUGCAGUGUUUUUUCUGGCUCAUCUUGAAAUUUUUGAUCUUCCCAACAACCAGUUUCCAUCAUAUGUUGCCCUUUCUAAUAAUGUGUGUCUU